CUACUAUAUUAGGCGGGUUUGUUGCAACCAGCCAACUCCCGGCCCACACACCGUUGCUGGCGCGUGUCAAAAUUAAAGGCUCAUCAUCAUCGUCAGCGGCUGCCACUGCUGCCUGCGCGUGAAGCCACGGGGUCUUUUCUCCUGCUCUCAGAAGAAGACUGCCUUCCAGCGUGUCCGCAAGCAUUCUGUUGGCCCUUCUUCGCUUGCCCUCAAUUUUCGCGCCAGUGAAGACCAUCGCCAUGGCGUUAUCAAAGCUCAUGAGCUCAACCGACAACGACCAGGAAAGUGAGCAGGGACCGGCGGCGGGGCAAAGCGACACUGCGCGCUUCCACAGCCGCGCUCACAAGCUGGCCACGCUCAUCAUGAUGACCACGGGAAGCGCGAACGCGGCCAUGUUUCCCAUGAUGUUCAUCUUCUACGGAGGAGUGCCGUUCCUGCUGGCGUACCUUGUCGUGCUCGGGACCGUGGCGAUGCCGAUGCUGCAGCUGGAGAGCAACCUGGCCCAGUUCGCCGGAGACGGAAACUGCGGCGUCUUCAGCACUGUUCCGCUGUUCAUAGGCACGGGCUACGCGCUGACGUUGUACGUGGUCCUGCGCGUGGUCGCCGACUCGUUGCCCCUGUCCGACGUGCUCCUGCAGAUGGCCGGUAUGGGAGGAUCCACCAUCCCGUGGAGCGGGUCCUGUCCCGGCGGGUGGACGGCCAACAAUCGCACCUGUUACGCCAUCAAGCGGGGAUCGGUCCCGUGCCGAUUGUUGCGCGGUCGAUUCGUGGACUCGUUCCGGCGCGUGGCUCUCGGUGAAGGCCUGCCUCUGCUGCGCGGCGACCAGGUGGUCCUGGUGCCGUCCAAGUCCUACCACAACGACGCCACCGGGUGCAUGCCCGACUUGUACACACCGGCGCCCACCUACGACUUCCGACGUCAGCAGAGUUGGGCGGAGCACACGUUCGACCACAUCCGGGCACAGCCUCUGGUCUCGAUGGCCGCCAUCUGGCUCCUCGUGUUCGCCCUCGCCCACGGUGGUUUCAUCAGGCUCAAGAAUUUCUUCUAUGUGAUGCUGGGCCUACACGUUGCAACUGCCAUCGUGCUGCUACUACGGGCCUUGGCCUUGGAAGGUGCCAUCAGAGGACUCCACGCGUUCGCCUACGCUGACUGGAGCCACGUAGUCAGCGUGGAGAUGUGGUCCCAGGCCCUGUACACGUGCCUGGAGAGCGUGGGCGUCACGGGAACCAUCUACUUGGGCAUCCAGAGGUUCAACUCCUUCAAGAACAACUUCCACGAAGACGUGAUGGCUGUACUCGUGGCCGACACCGCCUCCAAAGGUAUCUGCACCUUCAUGGCCUUCCUCUACCUCGGCCACUUGUCCGCCAGCAUGGGCGUCGAUGUCAGGAUGCUCAUUGACUACGGGUCCAGCUUCAUCGUGAGCAUCACGCCGCAAGCCGUGAGCCUAGCUCCGGACCCGGAGAUCUGGAGCCAAGUGCACCUCCUAUGGCUGCUCUCCACAAUGGUGCCCAAGUUCCUGAUUGUCCCCGACAUCAUCAUCGAGGCGCUGUCGGCGCCGUACCCGUUGAUCCUGCGGCACCGCACAGCCGCGCACUUUAUGGUCUGCAGCCUGAUGUUCAUCAUAAGCGCCGUGGGCUGCAGCAGCGGCGGCGCCAGCGUUGUCUCCGUGGUGGCCCACACACAGGGCCAGGGCUUCCGCCUCCUGAUGGUAGCGCUUGAGUCCGUGGUCAUCCUUCAGUUCUACGGUGCGCGAAGGCUGUCCAUCGAUGAGCACGCCAUGACCGAUCGCGAUCCGAGCACUUUCGUCAAGUUCUGCUGGACUUCAGUCGUGCCGCUCGUCAUCGCUAUUAUCAUAUGCGGCAAGGUGACGAGCACUUCGUGGCACGGCUACCCCAUGUGGCUCACGUUCAUCAUUGUCGGGUUCGCGUCGCUCGAGUUCAGCUUCAUACCCGUCUUCGCGGUUACCCUGCUGGAGUGCACAAAGCUGAAAGCCAAGCAGAGCGUCGCCCCGCUGCCUGUGCGGGUACCGUCGAGCUGGGAGCAAGCCAUGAUCUACCGGCAGCAGAUCGCGGUCGAAGUCAUCGACGACCGGGAGGUGCUCGAGAAACGGAGCACGCUAAUGGCGGCGUCACCAGUGACACCCGGUCGACAGCCAUCUCGCAAAACGCGCGACUCCAACAUGUCCCCGAACUCGGGUACGGAGCACAUGGCGAGCGACUUGUACGUGGCAUCCGAUCGCUCAAAACGCGACGUCAAGUCGCCGAGCGACUGGCGCAACUUCUCCAUCGACGACGAGUCUCCACCGGCCAGGAAGUCCAAGAAAAGGCGAGCGUCGCGCAAGUCCGUCCACGAAACGGGAACGAUGCACGAGUCCCGAAACUUGAGCUCGCUGCGGCGGUUAGCGAGGCGGGCUCAAGAGAAGCCAGCCAAGCCGACGAAGGGCAAGCCGGCCGCCUCUAUCGUAUCGAUGCCGAGGCCCGUACUGGCAGAGGCCCCCAAGCCGCUUUACUUUCUUCCCCCUGUCGUCGCUCCCGCAAUAGCCGCAGUUCCCCCUCCAAAACCGGUGGACAAGAUCAUGCCCACGGCUGCAGAGCGCGACAAAGCCAGCGACGAAAGUGGCGACAGCUUCGAUGAGAUGGACUUCGUCGUCGACUCGGCGCACGUGCCCAUAGUGUACGCUCCGGUACCUUUAACGGAUGCCGUCCUUCCAAAGCCGUCGGCCAAGCGGAUGGCGGUCACGGUGAAGUCGUUCGAGGAUAAAGAGGGCAAGCCGGACUUCCUACAGCGGUACCAGAACGCGGCGUCGGGCCCAGAACCAGCGUUCCGAGGGGGGCCCGCUAGACCGACGAGGAACUUACCCGUCACCACGCAUACUCCGGCGACGGCAUCUGCUAUCCCUGCUGGAGCCGGUGCUCCGACGUCUCUAGCGCACGGCGAGACCUCUGGCCCGCUCGCGCUACGAGCCGAAAAGGACGCAUCCGGCCGGAGAGAAGAGCGUCAGGCGCCAUCGGUGCCGCCCGAUGGGCGACCCACUCCCGUCAGGAGAGCUUCGCGCAAGCGAUCGAUGUCGCGAAGGUCAUCGAUGACCUCUCAGAAGCCGGGCAGCUUCGCCACCUCUGGCCAACGCAUGGCGCAGGUGCCACAGGUGACUACGCAGGCAUCCUCAUCGGUCGCCUCAGCAAAAGCGCCUUCUCCCGGCUCAGUACCCAGAAAGCUGUUGCACAGCCAACGCCGGAAGGUGUCCAGGCUGAGUCAGACGAGCGGCAAGCCGCCGUCGGGUGACCUGAAGUCGGCCAAGGACCACGAGUUAAGUAAAAGUGCUUGCCGGCGCUUGCCGCCAACGCCAGCGGCGCUUGCCGUUGGCGUUGCCACUACCGGAGGGCCUUCAGACAUUGGUGGAGCAAGCAGCAAGGUUAAGCAGGCCGUGCACGAUGAACCAUCGCCCGCGCAACCAGGGCCUACCGGUAAGACGUUCCACACGGCGGCAGCAGCAUCUGAAGCCGCGAGGUCGACGGGAAAGCACACAGUGGGCGUCGAGGAACAUCCUGGGAAGCACAAGCCAUCGUUGUCCGAGCCUCGACAAGAUGGGGCGAAAGGUGUCGAAAGUUCCAAGGCACAGCACCCAGAUACGAGGACCGUGACCACCGCCUCACAGCCGGAGGCUACCGGCCACAGCAAGCGACCCGGUGGCAAGAUGAUCCGGUCGCUUCGCAAGCUCGCCUUCGGCCUCAGGCGCCGUUCGCGUCGGCCGCUCCUCUCCCGCAAGUGUCUCGACUCGAAUCGCAGCAUCGAGGACGCAGCUGUUGCCAGGGCCGCCGACGUUUCGGCAGUGUCCGCCGAAAGCGCCGCUCGAGAACCGGGCAACCCGGUUUCGGCGUCGGUGGCUUCUGUGGCCGGAACGUCGGCGGCGCAGUUCACCAAUCCCCAAGCGCCAGAGAUCAAAGCCGCGACAGGACUCGUUCAGCAGUGGGACAGGACCACUGCCUCUGGACAGCGGGCUGCCGCGGAUCCUCCACCCACCGUCGUCGUGCACAAGUCAGCCUCACAGAUGCCGGCCAAGACGACGUCCAGCGGGACGUCCAGUGGGACGCCCCAUUCGUCGUCGCUCGCCAAGAAAAGCGAGCGCGGUUCCACCGCUGCUGCGGCUCGCGUGAAGGCAAAGGCCGCGGUGCCCGGCGACGGUGCACGUUCUGCGGGCGUCCAGAGUCUCAAGGAAUCGCGGGCCGCUUCCGCGAAGACCAGCGCUCUGCGGAAACGCCACUCCCGUCGCUCGAAGAAGGGGCGGCAAACAAGCGACGAACGGGACGACCCCGAAUCAGAUGGCCAGCAGUGAUAAACGUUGAAGUUCACAACAGCAGCUUUAUCUUUGCAUGUGUAUGGCCUGCAAUUCAAUAUUUGUGCGGAAUACGGGACUUCGUAGAACAUGAGCCAAGAAAUGUCUUUUUUCAUGCUUUCACUCUAUCAUUGGCCGCGUCAUUAUGGUCUGCAUCAUCAUGUGCUUCUAUAUAUAGCGUCUUCAUUUAUUUUGUUGCCCUGAUUGCUCAGAUUCUAUCCUUUUCCUCGAGCAUUUGAGCAUCACUGAGCACGUCAUGCAUAAAUAACGCGAUGCUCCAGCCGAAGGUGUCCCCUUUUUUAAGUGAAUUUCAUUAUAAACUGUAAAUUCGACUAAGUGCCGGACAUUACUUAGGUAGGCUUGAUUCGUAAGCUGUCGUUUAUGUGUACUCGUGUGGUCAGAUUGACGAAGAUGUGGUCAAGAAUGUUUUCUUCGUAUGUCUCCAUUUACGUAUUCAAGUAAAAUUGGUCAUACGCACGUGCGUACUCGUACACAGUAACUAUCUGCAGAGUUUGCGGCUUUUCGGGCAGAGUUAGCGGUAAUUGGAAGACGCUGAAUAUCGGGAGCACAGCGUUAUUACCAUUAAACUGCGCACGCCAGAGACACUGACUCCAUGUUUGAGCUUCAGCGAGUCGUUCCAUCGGUCGUGCAUGCAAAUGGAUGUUCUGUCAUGAAUAUGUUCCUAAAUUGUGAACGAGGCUGCAAACAAAACAAAAGGUCGCAGGAAGAUGGAGAUAUUAUUGAACAGGGACAACAAACAAAACCUCGCCAUAGAGUUCCGACAAAGCUACGUUGGCUUAACGGCCACCUUUUGACUGUGACUGUUUUGAAACGGUGACCUCGGGCUGAGGUCAGAUUCCUGUGUUCAUCAACUUGUCGAAAAGCCUUUCAAGACACCGCUAAACUCAUUGUUGAUUAAAGGGAAAAUUUUCGUCCACCCCGCUACAGCAUAGUACGCGCGAGCUGGGGGACUAGGCACGCAAAGUCGUCUCAAUCCCUCCGAGCUGCAAAGAAAAUUCAUGUGGUUAUCUCUAAAAAAAGGUUUUCUGUUUGAAACAUUUGUCCCAGUCCUGGAAUCGAACGCGGGGCCAACGCCUUUCCUAUGUUACUGUUUCGGAUAACCAGGAGGUUAUUAGAUUGUAUAGCGAGGCUGAAUCGACAAUUCGAAGCGAAGGGCACUGACCCCAAUAUCCUACAACGUUUGGGCACCCCUCAACAGAGGUAGCCAUUGUGCUUCAUGGUCACCCACAGCAAUCCUUGAAAAGUCAUCGGUCGAGGAGCGACACUGUGCUCAACUUGGUGGCAUAAAAGAAGAGCUUCAGGCCAAUAUCCUGUCACCUCAUAUCCACACCCGCAUUUGAGAAUGCGGGUGUGGAUAUGAGAAAUCAAUUUUGUGACAGCUCACAGAGCAGAUCUGUUCUACAGGCCACGAGGAUGUUUCCUUUCGUGAUCCACCACGCGGGCUUCCCAAAAACUAAUUUACCAAACGAGCAGUUGCAGCCACAUAUAGAACGCAUGAAUGUUCAGCGUUUAGCGCCGACGUGGGUCCCAAGAUGCGCGCGUGUGUCAACGCCUACUGUUAGUACCCAUGCAUCACGAAGAAUUGCAUACGACACAAAUUGUGUUUAUCCAACGCACUGCAGGAAUCGACUUCAAUCGACUUUAUGCUAAGGCAUCUUGCAGACAAUCCUGCAUCGUUUGGUGUUCUACACGCACUUACCGAACGGACUAACAUGUUUGUGGAAGACUUGACAGCUUUCUGUGACACGAGCAUGUGCGCUUCGAUAGCAGCAAGGUGCCAACGACUGUGACUACAAUAUUACUGCGGCGGUGGCAUAACGGUUGAUUUGUUGCUCUCCGUUGGGGAAAUGUUUAGGUGUUUUAACGCACAUGUCACGACAUUACACUCGUGCAAUGUCCAUGUU